AUGGUACAACCCAAAACGAUGCUUAUAAUGGGGUCUUGGCCAAACGCUGAAUUGAAAUAGAAAGUUAGGGCUUUUUGUUGGUGAUCAUCCUUGUCUCAGAUCCUCUCCUCUUUAAGGAGAAUCCUUUUAAAAGCUUUUCUGUUCUUUGAUUCUUCCUUCUCCCUCUCUCUCUCUCUCUCUCUCUCGUCUUUUGAUCCUUUGGGUUUCUUUUUCUUUCCCACCGUUAUUCUCGUUUCAGCUUUUCUGAUCUCCGAUCAAACGUUGAGUCAAACCGACCUUUACCCGGUUAAAAGCUCUCUCUGUUGCAUAAAUAAAUUUGAAAAGUAUAACGGUGUUGGUUGUUUGAUGAUGUUGAGCCAAACGAUUGGGGUAUGUUUGGAAGUGGAAGAACAUCAAUAAAUAAUGACGCUUUACAUUCGCCGCGAAGCUUCCAAGCUAUGGAAGAGAGUUUGUUCGGAAAUAGCGACGGAGAUUGGUCUUCUCGCCGACAAUUGGAAAUACCUUCUUGCUGGUCUUCUCUGUCAGUAUAUUCAUGGUUUAGCUGCCAGAGGAGUUCAUUAUAUUCAUCGGCCAGGACCUACGCUUCAAGAUCUUGGAUACAUUCUUCUUCCGGAGCUUGGUCAAGAUAAAAGCUACAUAAGUGAAACUGUCUUCACUUGUGUUUUUCUUUCCUUUGUCCUGUGGACUUUCCAUCCUUUCAUCAUAAAAAGCAAGAAGAUAUACACUGUGUUGAUAUGGUGCAGGGUUCUCGCCUUCUUAGUUGCUUGUCAGUUUCUCCGAGUCAUAACGUUCUAUUCCACCCAGCUUCCUGGCCCUAACUAUCACUGUCGAGAGGGUUCUGAGCUUGCUAGGUUGCCACGGCCACAUAGCGUUCUUGAAGUGCUCUUGCUUAACUUUCCUCGUGGGGUGAUAUACGGAUGUGGAGAUUUGAUUUUCUCAUCGCACAUGAUAUUCACACUUGUCUUUGUCCUCACUUACCAGAAGUACGGUUCUAAAAGUUUUAUAAAGAUGCUGGGUUGGAUCAUUGCCAUCUUGCAAAGCCUCUUGAUUAUCGCGUCACGCAAACAUUACACAGUAGACGUUGUCGUUGCGUGGUAUACAGUGAACUUGGUUGUGUUCUUCCUCGACAAGAAACUACCAGAGUUGCCUGAUCGUACAACGGUGUUGCUUCCUGUAAGCUCUAAAGACAGAACCAAAGAAGAGAAUCAUAAACUCUUGAACGGGACCGGUGUUGAUCCUGCAGAUAGGAAGAUCCUUUUGGUUUCUCAGAGACCGAGGGCUCAAGUGAAUGGCAAUGUAGGUCACACCGAUAACGCUACCAAUGGCGCAUGAGAACUCGAAGUUUAGUUUCUGGAUCGUUGGUUUUUGAUAAAUAUGAUUAUAGGUUCAGAAAAGAGGAAAAACAAAGAAAAGACAGCCAGCUUGUACAUUUUCAGUUUCUUGCUUCUCAAGUAUGUUGAUGUUUGUGUAACACGAAACAAAUCCCAUUUACAUAUUAACCAAACUCAUUUUUGUUCUUUGCGUGUGUAUUCAGUGUUCAUAAUCAAUCAAAUACUCUUUACACCA